AUGCGCAGCGGGCCCGGGGCAGGGGAAGCCCGCGGCCGCAGACGCGCUUGCCAUGGUAGCGCGGCCAGGCGCUCGCCCAGCCUGCGCACAGCGGCGCGGGGCGGCCGGGGGCUGCGCGGGGCCCGAGGCCGCCUGAGGUCGCGCCCCGCGGGGGAGCGGAGCGGCGGCGGCUCCAUGGAGCUGCGGGACUGGCUGCACGCGCUGUGCUGCUGUUGCUGCCGCCGCUGCCCGGGGGAUGCUGCGCGGGCAGAGAAGGAACCGCUGGUCAGUAAUAAAAACCCUUAUGCCUCAUUUGGAGCCACCUUGGCGAGGGACGAGGAGAAGAACCUGUGGAGCACCCCUCAUGACAUGUCCCACACUGAAGCAGAUGAUGACAGGAUACUGUAUAAUCUGAUUGUUGUCAGGAACCAGCUGGAGAAAGAUUCUGAGGAAUGGCAAAAACUGAACUACGACAUCUAUACCUUGCGGCAAACCCGAAGGGAAGUGAGAAGCAGAUGGAAGCGUAUUUUGGAAGAAUUAGGGUUUCACAAGGAAGCAGACUCCCUGUUAUCGGUGACUAAACUUAGCAUCAUCAGCGAUACUCAGAACAUGAGCAAAGCCCGGGAGAUCCUGUUAAAGCUCUCUGAGGAGACAAACAUUUUCCCAAACAGCUGGGAGCUCUGUGAGCGAUACCUCUUUGUGGUGGAUCGUCUUAUUGCACUGGACGCUGCCAAUGAAUUCUUUAAGAUGGCCAGGAUCGCCUAUCCAAAGAGACCCAGUGCAGCGAAAGUGGAAGGCCAUCGGAAAGAAAUGCAGCAUGUCCUUGCUCCAUUGCCCUGAAGAGACUGCUUGGGCAGGAGGUGUGCUGGGUUUCCGUUUCCUCAUGGGAGUUGGUUCACUCGCUGAGGUUAGCCAAAGCGACGUGAUUUCUUUCCUUCGGAGGACAAGAGCAAAGUGCCCAAGUAAAAUGACUUUAUUAUGAGCAAGGAGUGCAAGAGUGGAACAAUCAAAAAGAUCCAUGGGGGCUAAGAGUGGGCCUUGGUGCAGGGAUGUCUCCCAGUGGAAAGGAGCAAGUGCUGCUAUGAACCUGAGUUCUGUGGGUGGAAGUCUAUACGAGAUCAAUCUCUGAGCAAGGACAUGGAUGUGUGUUUGGGGAGCAGGGGAACCCACUGUACCAAGUGUUGUAAAGGCUGGGAUGCCUCUAGUUAGAGCAGCAUAUAAAGUUCUGUAUUUCUGGCUGCUCUCCAGUGGCAUCUCAUAACUAGAUGUUCCCUACCUUGUCCUUUGUAGUCAGGAGAAGGUCUGAGGGAGACUUUUUUUUUUUUUUUAAACCGCCUUUGACUAGAAACGUAUUAAACCUCUCUCCAUGGUGGUAUCAUCCCUCGACUAAAAUGGACUGUAUUGUGCAUUAUGUAAAUUAGACUUUAUCUUCCCCCAUUCCAUCAGCAGCCAAGCUAAGACACGUGGGGGCUGAUCACUCUAGGCAGUGAGCAGGUGAGUAAGUUUGUGAGUGGAUUUAGUUGCAUGUGUCAAGGACUGCACUUGUCCAAUGAUGUGGUAAGAUUUCGACACGGGUAUGAUUUCCCAUUUCAUCAGCAGCACUACACAAAGAGAACAUUCCUUCCCUUCUUAUUUAUUCAGCCCUGGAGCUACUCCUGUAGGUGUGGUGGCAGAAAAUCAAAUCCUGUUCCUCCGGCUGGCAUCUCCCCUCCCGAGAUUGAAAACUGCUUGUUCAGGACUGAGCUCUGUAACUCAAGCAUGAAGCCAGUGCUUAGUCCAAGCUUAGCUCCCAGUGAGAUUCUGUUCUAAAGACUUGUUUUGCAAAGCACGUGUGAUGCUGGGUUAUUAAAACCUUUUCACUGGAUCUCUAUAAACAAAUCGGCCAAGACCUUCCAAAGAGACUAGUGACUUUGGGAUGGCUCCAUUGUUUGAUACUCAACUUGACUCUUUAGAGGAGACUGGUUUUCAGGGUGUGCUAAGCACUAAUGUGUGACGAGCAGGCCCCUUUAAGGCACCUCUGGUUGGGCACCCAAAAUCACUAGUUGCUUCUGGAAAACCUUGGUCGUCAUAACUGCAUUAUUUUAAAUGGAAAAAGAGGAGUGUAUUGCGCAAAAAAGAGUGUGCUGUUACAAAGCUUGUGACAUGAUAUUUUUAAUAAUGACCCAUAAUAUGUCAUCUUGCUCUUUUUAUCUGGUAAUAAGCAAUAAUUUUAAAACACUGGAUGUUAAGAAUAAGUAGGAGUUCUUGUUCAUCAGUGGUUAAUAGAACUGCUGCAGAGGGGCCAGCUGAGAGAGUUGGUUUCAUUGGAGGCUUCCCAGGAAACAAAAUAGUGAGAGAACUUUUAUUUGUUUAUACCUACAGUGUUCAUAUAUAUAAAUUGUAAAUGUUUGUCAAUCUUCCUGGACAUUUUUUGUCAGUUCUGUACAUUG